GUCUUAGGCUUAUUCUGCGCUCCUUGCUUAACCGGUCAUCAGCGGGCCAAUAGAGUAACUGCUGGUACGCUCUCUGUAUCCUGUCGUUUUUUUCUCCAUCCCCAUUCCCGUGGCCCGCUCUUUCCCCCGUUCUGCCCUAGCUAGGCCCGCCCAUGGAAGCCAAGCCGGAGAGCGAUCUCGUCGCCGUUCAUGAAAAGCAGGACGCAAAUGAUUCGAUAGCCGAUGAGUGGGCUGUGUCAGAGGGUUUGAUCGAUGGCUAUGGUGCUUGCGCUAUUUGUUUGGAGAAGAUAAAGAUCCAGGAAGCAGCUAUUGUAAAAGGUUGCGAACACGCAUACUGUACGAUAUGUAUCCUGAGAUGGGCAACAUACAAGGAGGAGAACCCUUCAUGCCCCCAGUGCAAGAAUCCAUUUGAAUUCUUGAACUUGCAUCGUUCACUUGAUGGCUGUAUUCAUGAGUGCAUGUUUGAGGAGAGUGUCUGGCUUCUCCUUAGAGCCGCUUGGUUUGUUCCUCUCAUUGUAGAGCCUCAGGAUGAUUCCCAUGAAGAGGAAGAACUUUUCCAGUACUAUUAUGAUGAUGAUGAUGAUAAUGGUGAUGAUGAUGAGUACGAUGCCGAGCUGAAUGAAUCUUAUUUAACCAGAGCUUCGUCAAGCAUCCGAAUUGGAAAUAGAAGGUGGGGAGAUAAUGGGUAUGUGAGAGCUGGUCGCAAGGAAGCAAGGCCUCUGAGCCAGCGACCUUCUAAGGAUAAUAAUGAAGCCGGCUCGUCCCGGCAACCCAAAAAUAAGGAGGUUUUGAGUAAUACUCCACCAACAGGGCGUCGGGCAAAGCGAGCCCUCAAGAGAGAAGCUGCUAAUAAAGCUGCUGCUGAUAAAGCUGCUUCUUCUACUGCUGAUAAAGCUGCUGCAGCUAAGCACCAGCAACACCUGCAGAGGCUGGGCCGCAAAUGAUCAUUUCAAGAGAUCUAGGACAUACAUGUGAAGGAAUCAUGGGGUCCGAUGUACAUAUUUCAACGUUCCAUCUGUUGAUUUCUAAUUUGAAACCUUUUAUACGACGAGUUCUAUCUUAUUUGUGCCCUGUUUAUAAUUUUAGAAUUAUGGUCAACGCAUAGUCAUUGCUAUGACAAUGAUGAUCAUUUUAUUCUUAUCUUCUACACAAUGUAAUGUUAUGAAAUAUAUUCGACAUCGGUGGGUUCUAUUUUGUUGUGUUAUAUGGUGGUAUGUUGUGUUGA